AUGGCGCAGGAAAACGUUUCAUGGCAACGCGGAGUCUGUGACUGCUCUUCUUCCUGCGAUGUGUGUCUUUGCGCAACAUUUACUCCUUGCUGUCUGUUCAACAGAAUAGGUACCCAAUUCAAGGGCCAUGACGCUCAAAGCUGCGGUUGGGAUUGCUGCAUGUAUUUCUCAGUUGGUUGUGUCCUCGGUCUUCCAUGCAUCCCUUUGGGAUUUCGACGAUACGCAAUCCGGAAUGAAUAUAAAAUCAAGGCAUGGUGUUGCUCUUGCUGCGUUCUACAUCAGCUGGACUGGGAGACAAAACACCGUCCAUCUGCCCAGCAGGAAGGGUAUCAACGACCGUCGGGCAUGGCCUACAAUACACGGAAAUAA